AUGAAAGGCAAAAAAUACCUGGUACUGUAUUUCAUCCUAAUGUUGAUUGUCAUUUUGGUUAGCGGAACAGUGCUUUUCUGUGUCUACUAUCCUCUCGUUUUGGAAGUCAGUCGUUUCAAUGCUAUUGACUGGCUUGAUGAGAAGUUAACCGGAGAAUCGGCACCAUUCGUAAACAAUACCGUAAUCGACGAUUUUCAUAUUCUAGCGGUAUACUCUGCGAUGCAUCUUAAAGAUUGUCUGAGCCAUCCGCUGUUACUGAAAUUGAUGAUCCUGCUCUGUGUCAUUCUUUGGACCGUCGGAAACAAUAUAUUUGUCUAUUUCCUGUGUAUCUGCAAAAUUAUGAAAAGAUCCGUACUUCUGCUUCUGGCCAUCAUUAUAUUUCUGAUAUCUUGCUUAUUCGGAGGAUGGCUAGUCUAUGAAGACACCUUCGAUCCAAUCAGUAACUCUACCUAUGUUUUUGAUUAUCAAUGGAUUGAUAAGCACAGAUUAGCGAUUCAAUACUCUAGUGAUGAAGAAAGAGCAAAAUACACCACUUUCCAAAUCUACAAACUUGUCUUUAUCACGUCUAGAAGUAUAGGAAAUAUAAAAAACGUUUACAACGGAUCCCAAACUUGUGCAAGAACUGCAGACCAAGCCGACUCAUCCGGAAUCCUGGACGGCCCACCAACUUCUAUUGCCGCUGCCAACAAAUCACUCAUUUAUGAAUAA